GGUGUGAUUUGCAGAGAUGCAAAAACACAGACAGUUUCUGUCUGAGGUUCAACUGCAAAUGAAAUCACUUUGUUCAUCAGGCAAGAAUAGAGUGGACAGACCAGGUAGAAAGUCUGAGACGGAUAAUUGAUAACAUUAAACAAAAUCUGUAACGUGAAAUAUGGACGCCUUGAAAGCAGGAUUUAACAAAAUGUCCUCACUACUAGGGGGGAAAACCAGUUAUUUUGUGACCAUUAUUGGCCUUUUUGUUUACCAUGUUGUGUUUGAUACACAGUUGACUUGCUUGACUAAACCUGGUGUUAAACCAGAGGAUUUGCCGACCCAAUAUGAGUGUAAUGUCUACAUUGCAAUGCCACCUUUUAUAUUGUUUUUCCUGAUUCUCUGGCUGGAUGGAGAGUUUCAACAAGUUUGGACAAUUGUGUAUAGAUGUGGAAGGGAUUUUUGGCAAAGACUUUUUUCAGCCCUCUUCAAGGCGACUGCAAUCGGGUUACUAUGGGUUGUAUCAGUGUUGUUGGAUGGAGACUGGUACGCGUGUCAUAACAGAGAAGAACUCCUUGGGUUAAACACAAACGGCACUUACACAAAGGAAAAACUUAAACGCAAGUCAGUGGUUAUUGGCUUAAAGGUGACCCUGGCCCUGGUGUUUUUAGUUGCUAUUUUUAAUGCAGUACCUUACUGGUGUUACCUCUGUUGCUGCUGUGAGAGAACAAAAGAGAGCAGGACUGAAGAUGAGGUACAGGAGCUCGGUACUGAAGAUAAAAAGUGCUGCUCGGCUUGUUGCUACACUUUACGCAGGUCAUAUCACAGGGUACUAUUUCAGGAGAAUAUUCUGAUUGAGAUGGAGAAUAUUAUCCAAACAGAUGUAAAGAGAACAGCUAGGGAUUUUGUAGUUCAAAAAGGCAAAGACUUACUACAGCCCACUUCAAAACUAGACCCGGGAGACCAGGGAAGCAAAACACCAGGAGGAGAUCAGGGAAACUACAAACCAGGAGGAGUCAGGCAGAGCAGCAACCCAAACCCUCCAGAACCCCCUCCAACAAGCAGUCAAGCCAGCAGAACCAGAGUGGUCAAUGUUGAUAACUUGGAUUUUGACAAAAUAUAUAAUUUACCAUUUAAUAUAAUGAAAUCUGUCUCGGAACUGGGUCAGGAAAAAGAACAGACAAACAAAGAUUCAAAGAAUAUAAAAAAAACAAACACUCAUGAAUUGAAGGAAUUUAAUGUGACGGGCAAACCAGAAUGUCAACCCCUUGUAAAAGGCCACUGUACCUCAGGGGAUAGGCAGAAGCCGAACCCAGAUCCGUCAAACCCUACUUAGAGGGAAUAAAGAGUUGAUAACCUACUCUCCUUAGAAUUAAAGUCUUCCAACUGGUUCAGCAAAUACAAAAGGACACCCAAGCAGUGGUGAUGUGCAUCAUGGGUUAGGCAGAUAUAGGAGUAUAGUAGACAGGGAGGUGGUAGGACAGAUAUAGGACUAUAGUAGACAGGGAGGUGGUAGGACAGAUAUAGGAGUAUAGUAGACAGGGAGGUGGUAGGACAGAUAUAGGAGUAUAGUAGACAGGGAGGUGGUAGGACAGAUAUAAGAGUAUAGUAGACAGGGGGUGGUAGGACAGAUAUAGGAGUAUAGUAGACAGGGAGGUGGUAGGACAGAUAUAGGAGUAUAGUAGACAGGGAGGUGGUAGGACAGAUAUAGGAGUAUCGUGGAAAGGGGGUGGGUAGGACAGAUAAACUAUCUUGGGCGAGAAUAUAGAUCUAAUCCCAAACUGAAAUAGCUGAUACAUUUAAAUAAAAUUGUUGAUGAAAUGGUGGUCAGAUUAACUGAUGACUAAAAUAGCAGUGAAGUCUGUGUGCUGUUGAUCGUAACAGAGACCCAAUGACCAGUGGAAGCAAAAGAUCCUCCACCGUAACAUACAGAAUGUAUACAGAACGUAUACAGAACAUAUACCUUCGGCACAUGCCUCACAUGCCUUAUUUAGCCAACUAAAUAACUGUAUUUUUCCAAUUAAGUGCCAGUGCCUUUAAGCAAACUGGAAGCACAGUUGUCAGAUCACUCUGAGAAUUGAAUAGUUUGGCCAUGAACAAGUCAUUAGUUUGGUGACAAAACACAAACGCAUGUGCUAGAAAGUACCUCACCUACAAUAUAUUAUAAUAAUAAUGGUUUGUAAUUAGAUCAUUUUGGUCUCAGAAUUUGGAUAAAUUCUUCUGACAAGCAACCCACCACACGCACCAAACAACAUGUAUAUGUAUUUGUUUUUUUAAGAUAACCUUCUACAAUUCAAAACAUAUUAACAUGGCUAAUGCACUGUUAUUUUGCUAUAUGUUUUUAUAAUUAUAUUAAUGGAUGCUUUUAUUUACAUUUUAAUAAUGUAGAAGACACUUUUAUGUAUUGCAUAAUCCUUUUUAGGAUUUUGGAAUUGCAUAGUUAUUAUUUGAUAAGAAGGCAUACAAUCUAAUUUAUCUGCUCUUGUAACGGCCCCUGGUGGGAAUCAAACCCACCGCCCUGUUGUUGCAAGCAACACAUGCUUACCCUUUAGGCAGGGGAGUGGUGCUUGCCACAUGCCAUCUGUUUCAUUUCCAGUGUAAGUCCAGGGUUUGAAUGUGGCUCUCAGGUUAGCCCAAAGGUCACACUGAUGUCAACACCCCCUGGGUUUGGGGAGGUUAGGUAUUAGACUGGCUAUAACAGAUAUCUCAGUGGUGCCCCACACUUGUUACGUGAGUGCAGCGCACCUGUUCUGGCAGGAAGUAAAUGACUAACAAAGCAAGCAAAUUGAUAACUUGAUCACCAAGCUUAGUGACUUUUCAAUAUCUGAUGGUGGAAGGGGGCUGCAGAUCUAUGAGUGUGGCCUGCAUAUUCUAUGGGUGUGGCCUGCAUAUUCUAUGGGUGUGGCCUGUAUGAAAACCUUGAUUUUUGGGUUAUUUAACAGAUUCUCAUUUGUCAUGUUUGGUUGGGUGUUUUUUUAGGGAGUGUUGAUUGUGGUUUUUAACUUUUGUCUAUGUAUUAUAUGAAUGUUUUACUGUGAUGUAAGAGAACUCAAAACAGAAAAUAAAUCAUUGUUGCUUCCUUU